UCGCGGCGGGGCCGGGUCGGGUCGGUAUCGUUCCUCCGGUGUCUCCGUUCCCGGGAAGUCGCUCUGCGCAAACAGGAAUGGAUUUCCCCUCCAGAGGCUUUGGACAGGACGCCCAAAUCUCCCCCGCGCGGCCUGUGCCGGGCUCGGGGCCCGGCGGCGUGAAUCGUUUCCUGAGCCUGCUGCACUCCAUCUCCUUGGGCCUGUCGGACACGGAGCUCUCCUCCAUGAAGUUCCUCUGCCGCGAUAAAAUUAGCAAGCGAAAGCUUGAGGCGGUGCAAAGCGGCAGGGAUCUCUUCAGCAUCCUGAUAGAGCAGCAGAAGAUCGCGGACGACAACCUGGAAUUCCUGAGAAGGCUGCUGCAGCACAUCGAUAGGGGAGAUUUGCUGUCACAGCUGGCAAAGUUCGAAGAGGAGGAACCUUAUGCCCCUGAUGAUCAGCCAGAUGGGCAUGAACAACGUCUCCUGAAGGCAGCUGUUCUUGUCAUACAUGACAAUAUUGGGAGAGAGUGGAAGAGGCUGAUGCGAGAACUUGGGAUGCCAGAGGUGAAGCUGGAGAGGAUAGAGACAGACUAUCGAGAUAAAUUGUCUGAACAGGUUUUUCAGGCACUUCGACAGUGGCAGUCGUGGAAGGGGAAGGAUGCAAAGGUAGCUGACUUAAUACAAGCCCUCCGGGGCUGCAACCUGAAUUUGGUGGCAGACAGAGUUGAAGGAAAGAUCUCAGAGUUGAACACUGGAACCAGAUGAAAUCAGUGUAAAACUAUCAAUGAAAAAAGUCAGAGUGCUGCCUUCUCUUCUGAACCAAAAUAAUUAUCACUGGUUUAUCAUGCCAUUUAUUUAUGUGCCUUAAUCAGUUAAUUUGUGCUCUGUGAAAAUUGUCAUGGAGACAGAUUCCUUUCAGAAAACACUUUGUAGUUUAAUGCUUCUGUCAAGAUAUUUUAACUUUCACAAGAUACGAACUCAUUUUUGUAGAAAUUCUCACGCUUUUGUUCUGCCACUCACCUGGAAAGAUUUUUUGCCUGCUUUGCUGCAGGCACUUUUCAGAUGCAUCUCUACUGGAAAUACAUCCAUGAGACACUUGUGAGGCAACUGGAAUUUAAAUUUUCAUGGGAAGGUUGGAUUUUUUUUUUUUUUGUGGCCUAUUGUAAAUACAGUGUGAAAGGGAGAAGGAGUAAACCUUUCAGCUCGGUGCUGGCUUUUCUUCUGGAGUAGCAUAAAAUAAUAUCUUAGAUAAUUUGUCAAAUGUAUUUGCUCUCCAUGAAAGUAUAUUAAGACAACUGUAACCUCAGACUGCAGUGAAAGAGGGACAUUAAAUAUUGUGGUGGCUUUCUUGGAAAAAACGUGCCUGGGUUUGAAAAUGAAAUCAAAUGUCUUCAGUUACUUGAGCCAAUAUCUUCAAUCACCAAGUGCCUUCAGCAUCCUGAAAGAAGUGUUCUCCUGAAAUUAUCCAAGAGGUUGUGUGUCUCACAGAUGUUUACAGCAGACUCUUUUCAAAGCUGUGAAUGCUUUGGGGCCUCUUGCUGGGAAUCCUUCUAUGACCUCUGUCACAGAGGCUGCUAGUGUGUGCUGGAAGGUGUGAGUCACUCACAGAGGGAACAGGAUUCAUAAACCUCUAUCAGAUUCUCAGCUUUCAUCUGGAACAAACUUCAGUCAGUGGCCUUCAUGCCUGACCUAAGGCUGGAGAAAUAGCACAAUUACACAGUCCAGGACAUGCAGGGCUGUAGAAGCCUCAGCGGGGAGAAUCCCAUAAAAUCAUUACUGCUUGAACAGCUGUAGGAUCCUGUGUUUCUGCAAACAUCUCCCAAGUGCCUGGCUAGAUACUGGAAGAGGCUUUAUUGCUGCUGCACCUGUGGGACUUCAGCUAUUUUCCAAGUUGUUUUUAUAUAGUGCCAUUGCUGUGAAGGCCAGGUGUCAGCACAUAACCUGUCACUGGUCUGCAGAAACGUCGUGACACUGACCAUUUUCAAUCAUUGUAUGUGGUACCUGUUGCUCAAACAGUGAGGCUUGAAUACUUAAUCGUAGUUAGUGGAAACUGCCAUAAAUCGCAUGAUAGAAAAAUAAUUUCAGUCAGGGUUUUUUUCCCUUCAAUGAUUCUUCUCCACAUUCCUAGAAGUGUUCAAGGCCACACUGUAUGGGAUUUGAAGCAACCUGGUCAAGUGGAAGGAGUCACUGGUUAGAACUGGACCAUCUUUUAGGUCCCUCCCUGCCCAAACCAUUAUGGGAUUGUGUGCUGAUUCUCAGUAUUUUUCCAAUUGCAGUAUAUUAAGUAUCACUGGUUGUAUCCUAACAAAGGGCAAUACAGGAGUUGCCACCUGUCUGCCUUUUGGGCAGGCAGAGUUCUCCCACAAUUGUUAAUUCCAGGCUCCCAGGAGGAGAUGCGGAGGUUCAGCUGAAUGACCAGCUCAGAUGUGUUUUGAAGAUGAUUGUUUCAUAGACACCAGGAGUAAUCCAUUCUGCAGUAUCUGUAGAGUAAAGAAAAGGAUUGCUCCAGCAGUUCUUCCUUCCUGCCUCUGAGCAAUCCUUGGGAGCAGAGCAGGGGAGUGGAAGUGAGCAGGAUGAGUUAUGUGAGUGCUCUGCAACAGCUCCAAGUCAAAUCCCUCUGCUGAAGUGCUUUUCUUACCCACUUUUAAUAAGUCUUCUGCUUCACUGAGGAGAUUCAUUUGGAAUAGGAGGAGUAUACUGCCUACUGCAUAGAGCCAGGAUAUUUUAGGAAUCAAUUGGAAUAACCUGUUGGUUGUAGCCAAGCACUCAUCAGCUACAAGAAAUAUUCUGCUUCUGGAGACAAAAAGUUUCUUUAAGGAUUUUGUACAUCCUUUUACUGUGUCUGAAAGCAAUGACCUAGACUGCAUCAAUCUGUGCCAUACCUCAGGGCCAAUUAAGACUGUUUUUAUGAGAGAUUAAAAUGUUGUUUAUGUGAAAGCAAAAUCAACUGAAACGAAGGGAACAAAAUAUUUUUAUUGGGAGGAGGGAUAAAGAGUGCAAUUUAUAAGGGAAUGUUUUCUGAUCCAGUUGACAGUCUUUUAUUUUCAAAUUAAACACCUUGAACUCAUAUACAUACCUUUAUAACUUGAAUUGAAGUUUUCUAUUGUAGAAU